AUGCAAAAUCGUUUACGUGAUGUUGUUCAAGAAAAAAUAUUAAAUGAAUUAACUCUGAUUAAUGAACCAUUUACACAAUUUCAUCCUGAUACUGGUCAUGUUUUACAAAAAAUCUUUCGACAAGAUAGUGGACGUCCUCCAGUGGAUGAUGCAUGUCCAGAUUUGCUCUCUACAGUUGAAGAAAUUGCUACUAUUGGUGGUGCUAGUGAUGAUCGACGAAGAACUGUAACUGUUCGAUCAUGUUUAACUCUUGAUGAUCUUCGUGAAACAUUGAAAAUGCAAGGUUAUGAUAUUAAAAGAACUACUCUAUAUUAUUGGUAA